AUGAGCCUAACCCUUCGGGGGGACACCCCGGUCAGGGUGGAGGUCAAGGGUACAAUGAAGUACCUGGGCCUCCUCCUUGACAGCCGAUGGCGCUUCGAUGCGCACUUUGACCGCCUGGCCGCCAGAGUCAGGGGGGAAGUCGGCAUGUUUAGCCGACUUCUCCCCAACAUUGGCGGCCCCCUUGACAAGUGCCGCCGCCUCUAUUUGGCGGUGGUGCAGUCAAUAGUAACGUACGGAGCCCCCGUGUGGUACUCACACCUCGGUGCCAGCCGCCGCCAUCGAGAGAAACUCGGUGGCAUUCAGCGGCAAAUGGCGUUGAGGGCCGCACGGGGGUACUGCACCGUCGCCCUGGAGGCGGCGCGGGUAGUCGCGGGGUCCCUGCCUUGGGACCUCGCGGCGGAGGCUCAGGCGCUGCUGUAUUAUUGGCGCCAGGGCCUUCGCCAGGAGGAGGGGCGACCACCAGCCCCUCAGGCGGUCAUUGCGCAGAAGCGCCAUCUCCGGCAGCGCGCCCUCGGCAUCUGGCAGCAAAGGUUGCUAGAUUGCCGGGCCGGGGCGCGGGCUGUCGGGGCCAUCCGCCCGGUCCUCGCAGACUGGGUGGAUCGGCGGCACGGGAGAGUCACGUACCAUCUGAUGCAGGUCCUUACGGGGCAUGGUUGCUUCGGGGACUACCUGCAUCGGAUGGUACAACGAGAGCCGACGACUGAGUGCCACGAAUGUGGCGCAGCGGAGGAUACGGCGCAGCACACGCUGGAGUUUUGCUCGGCGUUUGAUAUGCUGCGCCGUUCCCUACAGGAGGUGGUGAGCCAUGACCUCUCGCUGCCGGCCAUCGUCGUUAAGAUGGUUGGCGACGAGGAGGCCUGGUCGGCCAUGGUCUCCUUCUGCGACGCUGUCAUGUCGCAGAAGGAGGCCGCCGAAAGGGAUAGGGAGGCGGAUCCUGCCUCCCAUCCGAUGCGGCGCAGAAGAGGGGGGGCCAGACGGCGCACAGUGUUUCAAAUCUCGAAAUUUUCGGCGAAAUAUCAAGCAGAUGUCAGAUCUGAUUAA